UCAUCUCGCGAGAUUUCAAUGGCGUGACGGACAGACGCGAUGGCAUUUUAGGGUGAUUCCAGGAGUUACCGCGGCUGUUUGGGGCGUGUUCGAAGCAGAUACCACGGUACAGUGUAGCUGUUGUCCAGAGAGGUGCACCACUGCUCCGGUGAACUUAGAGUUUUCUGUGCCACUUGGAUUUCUAUUUGUACCUGGAAGAUCUGAGGCCUGUCCCAGAAACACCUUCACAGCGGGGUGUGAAUUUGUUUUCGGAAAUGUAUGCUUGGAGUCUGUUGAAGAAUUGAAAACCUGGUCCCAAGCCAGGAGCAGCUGUGAAAAGCAAGGAGGGGAGCUCCUGAUGGUGAAAAACAGCUCUGUCCAAGUCUUCCUAAAAAACAUAACCAGAGAGUGGAAAACCAGUUUCAAUCACACCUGGUGGCUCGGAGAGAGGGUUGGAGAGGAUAACCAGAAAUCCACCAUAAAAAAUGCCUUGUGCACAUACAUGAAGCUGAAUCCUCUCCAGUUUGUAACGUCUGACUGUAACCAGCAACGGAGUUUCCUCUGCACCCACAGUUUGGAGUCCCCAUCAAACACAAAGUGUACCAAACAUCCCAGCCAUACAAGCCGACCUCGGCCCAAAAGGGAUGUAAAUUUUGUACUUAAACAGAAUCCAUUGGAUAUGGUUCAGAGUCCACUUAAUGGGACUCAACUGAUUGGCUUAAACAUUGACAUAAUUCUCCAGCUUGCAGACAAGGAACUAAACUGGAACGAAGUAACACCAGGGCAGCCAACAGAAGUCCAAAGAAAAAACUUUAUUUCAGCUUUGAUGACAGCCGUUAAGUUACUGGAAGCCACACGUACUUUAAUCAACAAUAACACUGUCAAUCACAUCAUUAACUGUAGCAGUGCCAUCCUGAGCCUCUCACUGAAGCAGUGCCCUGAUGCUAAAAUCCCAACCCCUUCAUCUGUGUUUGAUGACACCUUCCAGGUUUUCAAGCAACUUACUCUGCUGCAGGCUACCCAAGGUCCACAGACCUUUGUAAUGAAGCACCCACUGGGCACCAUUUAUCAGACUAUACAAAAACCUGCUGCCCUCGGCAAUGCAGUGCUGGGUUCAGAAAAAGAUGGUGAGUUUGUAAAGCUCCCCUCAAAUUCAGUGCUUGGACCACUGCUUGCAAGCUACAGUAACAUCGUCACUCAGAUGACUACCUUCUUCCAAAAUCCCCAUCCAUCCAAUGACAGCAUAACAGGAACUAUUUGCAGCCUUUCGUUUAAUGAUGGGCAGGACGACAUUAAAGUGGGAAACCUGACAGAGAUGAUAGAGAUCUUUUUGCCUCGUCCAAAUGCUCCAGAAGUGACCAACACGACUGUUGUGUUGGAAAAAGACUCAAAAUCGGUGACUACAGUCAAUGUGUCAGACCCGAAUAUGACCAUCUUUUUCAGCGUGGAGCCAAGUGUGAAUGUGUCAUUGGUUCUUCUCUUGUCCCGUGGGUCACUUCCCAAUACCACAUACUACAGCAACAGAACCAUACUGAAUUACACAGUGGGCUUUCGUUGGAUGAUAACACCAGAGAUGUUGAAGAAGAGUCCUGGGGUUUGGUAUAUUGAUGUAAGACUCUAUUCUGAAUGGCAGCCAAAUUUGAAACUGAAGAUCUCUACUUUUAUGAGCAAGUGCCUGUUCUGGGACAUAAACACGGAGGCAUGGAGAACUGAAGGGUGUAUGGUGGGAGAGGAAAGCACUCCAUAUCGAACGCAGUGUCUCUGUAAUCACCUCACUCUCUUCGGGAGCUCCUUCUUUGUGAUGCCAAACUUCGUCGACGUGUCUCGCACAGCAGAGCUGUUCGCCACUGUGAAUCAGAACUAUGUGGUCCUGUCCCUGCUGUGUGCUUUUUUUGGACUCUACCUGAUCACACUGCUGUGGGCCUGUUACGCUGACCGGAGGGCACACUCAAAGAGAAAGAUGACAUUUCUGGAGGACAAUCACCCAGGAGCUCAGUACAACUACCUGAUCGGUGUCCAAACUGGGCGUCGCAGAAAUGCUGGGACCAGUGCCAAUGUCACAGUGAAGCUGAUUGGCUCAGAGGCAGAGAGUAGCAUACACACCCUCACAGAUCCUGACAAGCCCGUGUUUGAGAGGGGAUCUGUCGAUAUGUUCCUGUUGGCCUCACCCUUCCCACUGGGUGAAGUGCAUACCAUCAGGCUGCAGCACGACAGCUCUGGAGGUCACCCAUCGUGGUACAUAAACAAGGUGACCAUACAAGACCUCCAAACACGACAUUUGUGGCACUUCUUUUGUGACUGCUGGCUGAGUGCUGACCGCGGAGACGGCAUGACCAAGAGAACCUUCGGUGCGGCAAAAACCAAUGAGAUUGCCAGUUUCAGGAACAUUUUCCAGACCAGAACAUCGACUGGAUUCAGAGACGAACACAUCUGGGUGUCCAUAGUGGAUCCUCCCUCGAGAAGCCCGUUCACACGUGCCCAGAGGGUUUCUUGCUGCAUGUGCCUUCUGCUCUGCACCAUGGCCAUCAAUAUCGCCUUCUGGAACAUUACUAAGGAUGCAAGCUCACCAGUUCUCUUUUCACUGGGUUCAAUAACGAUCACCUGGCAGGAGUUCAUGGUGGGCGUGCAGAGUGGUCUCCUCAUGUUCCCAAUCAACAUCCUCAUCAUCACUAUCUUUCGAAGCAUCCGUCCUCGCGUGGUUUUAAAAUCUAAAAAAGAUGACCCAGAGGAGAAUCUGAGACCCCCAAUAGUUAACAUACCGACUAUUCUGAGGGAUACAGAGGCGAUGAUUUCUUUGGUGAGCAUGAGUCCAAGAAACAAUAUGUUAGAGAUGCACAGGUUAGAGUCCUCUGCUGACCUUGGCCCUGCCUUGGAGAGGGUGAAUGGAUUAAUCCAGUUCAUGCAAGGAGAGAGUGAGAGUGACUACCACUGGGUGUACUGCAGCAAGUUUCUCCUAGCUGGUCUCUGUCAUCUCCUGAUGUGCCUGGAGAAACUGGAUGGAAGACACUUCCCGAAUCCAGACGAGUACCAGCAGGUCCUCAACUUCACCAACGUGCUGGUUCGCAAGGCUGAGAUGGUCUUCAGCAGCCACUUGGCCUACUGCCCACCUCCUGUGAAGAAGAAGAAGAAGAAGACGACAACAAUCCUGGGCUGCUGGCUGCCCUGGUGGUUUGUGUUUGUGGGCUGGUUCCUGUUGCUGUCCAUCAGUGGCAUUUCCACUUUCUUCACCCUGUUGUACGGUUUUCAGUACGGCAAAGAAAAGUCCAUCAAGUGGGUCAUGUCUCUGGGCCUCUCCCUUUUUCAAAGCAUCUUUGUUCUGCAGCCUCUCAAGGUGAUAGGUGUGGCUGUGUUUUUCGCCCUGUUGCUGAAACCUGUGGCUGUAGAGGAGAGUGAAGAAGUGGCGCAGGUGCUGUUAGAGCAACAGGAAAAGUGCAGACAGUACUGUGGCAGGGACUCACUGUGAGGAUACUGCAUUUAGUGGCAUAAGCUGUCUUCUCUGAUGGGCGCAGCUGCGACACAUGGCCCCCUCGCUUCUUAGACACUCUUUUGCACUUACUGGAAGUUUUACUUUCUGAAUGUAGAGUUGCAUAAUACAACCUAGUGCUUUGUAUGUGUACAGAGUUUCCAGUGCUGAAGAAAAGCUUUUUGAAGUGGUGAGUCAGAGUAAUGGGUAAUUAAAUAACUCUUCUUGUAUGUGAAAUACUCCAUGUAUGUGAAAAUAAAACCCUUCUGAUUUCCUUUUUUUUUUUUUAGAAAGCUGCUGAUAGAUUCAUUUAAUGUGAGUGUAAAAUAGAUUUACAGAUUCAUACGCACAUGAACACUUUAAGACCUAUUAUCAUAAAAAAAAAAGCUGUCCUUUAUCCAGUAAUGUACACAUGAUCCAAGAGUAAUGAAAGAGAAAUUUCACUGUAAGAAGUAUACAGAAACUGCAAAGAAUUGUUUUGCAGUAAUUUUAACAAGGUUUUAUCUAACUGUGUUCAGUGACUCAUAUCCACUGACUAUAAAUUACAUGAGAAAGAGCAGGAAGCUUGCUGCACAUCUGGGAGCAUCUAAUGGUUAAUUGAUCGCUUUUUUUUCCUUUUUCGUUUCACUCCGGUCACUGUAAUACAUACUGAAAGUGUGUUGUACCUUUUUUAUCAUUCAUGCCUGCAUCUAUGAGAUUAAUUCAUUCCUCAGUUUGAAACAUUUAUGUAACAGACCUCACUACAUGCAAGUUUGUGCUUUUGGUUUGGAAAUACAAAGAGCUCUGGAGAUAGCUGAAUA